UUAGAUGGUGAAUUGAAUUAAUUUCAAUGAAUUCAGCACAGUUUAGUAGAUCUAUAUUGUCCUCAAAUAGCUCCUGUCCUUUAUUUUGCUAAAAUCCACGCAGUGAACAUGUUGAAUAUGAUUACAUAUGUUACAGUUCUGCAUUUAUAAUAUGAGAAAUCCUAUAAGUCUUGCUAUAAGAGAAGUAACCAUUUUCUUUUUUCUUCUGUCUAACAGCUCUUUUUGUUAUCCCUAUAUCCUCCACCUGUACCUUCUCAUUAAAACAGACCAACGGCUCUUUUAAGAGCCACUCCUAUACUGUUCUCGCUGUCUCUCUCACACGCGCGCGCACACACACACACACACACACACACACACACACACACACACACACACACGAACACCAUCUCUCUCUUUUUUCUGUCUGUCUGUCCGUCUGAAGGUCCCUCUGCCUGCCAAUAUGUUUGUCUGUCUGAAAUGGCUGAUCAGCAAGACAAAGACAAAGCAGGGGAUGCUAUUUUCCUUGCAGACAUGCUUCUGGCUCAAGAAAAAGCAAAGAAAGCCAAGGACAAAGCAGCAUCCACUAUACCUGCUAAGGGCACUAAAUUUCAAGUCCGAUGGGUGGAGAGAGAUGCAGAAGGACGUCCAUUACUGAAAAGAACUAGGAGUGGAGAGACAAGGAAACGUGCUUCAGCUACAGUUUCUGUGGCUCCCAGUGAUGAGUCUGAGGAGGUUCCUACAGUGAACCAAGACAACAGCUCUCAACACAUGUUUGACACUGAGAUGCAGAUGUUGAAGGACAUUCUGACCUCAUCAGAACAGCCACUGGAACAGCCUUCAACAUCUUCAUCGUGGAGCUUGCGCCAAACUGCAGCCCAGGAUGAGUGGCGGAACGCAAGGGCCCAUCACAUUGACUGUUUGCUGUUCUGCAACGAGGUUCCUGACAAGAAGUGCAGCCAUUGCACAUCCCCUGCCAUCAUUCACUGCAGAGACUGCAUGCCAGAUGAGUGGCUGUGUAUGGAGUGUGACAUACAAAUACACACAAAGCUCACACUUCAUAACAGGGACUCAUGCAUAGAGGGAAUUUACAAGCCCAUCAAGCCAACAGUGUGCUGUGCCAAAAAGGAUGGCGUGUAUUCACUUGUCAGUCAAGAAUGUCUAUUGCCAACAGUGAGACCCUCCCAGAUAUGCAAAUGUGACCCUGUAAACAUCAAAGAGUCAGCUGGCAGAGCGGUCAUUUUGGUUUGCAUUAAUGGCUGGUAUGAUUUGCACAUGCCAAAUCUGCUGUGCAGAUUGUGUCUGGCACAGUGGACACCUGACCGGGGAGACCUUAUAAAGAGUGGAUAUUGGGCAGCAACUGUGCAUGCUGACACUUUGUUUUCAAUGGAUGUCUUCAGCACAUUCGAAGAGAUGAAAACUGUUGCCCCAAGUUUGUCAAGACAAGCAUUUUUGCAGAUGUUGGAGAGCAGGACUGUUCUCUUUGGAAGGGAUGGGAAAAUACAUGGAGAUGUCUUCCAACGGCUUCGUUGA